AAACCACUUUAACCAAGAAACUGUUUGAUCAGGACCACUUUAGACAAGGACCACUUUCGAUCAGGACCAGGAGCUCAAAGAUGGCCAGCUGUUCAGGAUGUGGACCAGGAUACCGCAGUCCACUGGACGCCAUGAAGGGUCCUCGGGAGCAGAUCGUUUAUCUGCCCUGCAUCUAUCGCAGCACGGACUUCAACAAACCAGAUUACCUGGCCACUGUUGACGUCGACCCCAAGUCUGCCACCUACUGUCAGGUCAUCCACCGGCUGCCGAUGCCGAACCUGAGUGAUGAGCUGCAUCACUUGGGCUGGAACGCCUGCAGCAGCUGCUUUGGAGACUCGUCCAAGAGCAGGAACCGCCUGAUCCUGCCCUCGCUCAUCUCGUCCAGAAUCUACGUCAUCGACGUCGGCACCGAGCCCAGAGCGCCGCAGCUGCACAAGACGGUGGAACCCGUGGAUCUGUAUUGGAAGUGUAAUUUGGCGAACCCACACACGUCUCAUUGUCUGGGCAGCGGUCAGAUCAUGAUCAGCUGUUUGGGCGACCCGGCCGGUAACGGCAAAGGAGGUUUCAUUCUGCUGGACGGUGAAACGUUUGAGGUGAUCGGUAACUGGGAGCAUCCGGGAGAAGCGGCGCCCUUUGGUUAUGACUUCUGGUACCAACCACGACACAACGUGAUGAUCAGCACCGAGUGGGGGGCUCCAAAAAUCCUGGCCCCAGGGUUUAAUCCCGCCGACGUCAUGAAAGGACACUACGGCAGCUGCAUCCAUGUUUGGGACUGGACCACCCACAGGAAACUGCAGACGCUGGACCUGGGUGAAGAUGGUGCCAUUCCUCUGGAGGUUCGAUUCCUCCAUGACCCUGAUGCCACUGAGGGCUACGUGGGAUGUGCUCUGAGUUCCACUGUCUUUAGGUUCUUCAAGACACCGGAAGGUGAUUGGGCGGUAGAGAAGGUGAUCAGUGUUCCCAACAAAAAGGUGGAAGGAUGGAUGCUGCCUGAGAUGCCAGGACUGAUCACAGACAUCUUGAUCUCAUUGGACGAUCGUUUCCUGUACUUCAGUAAUUGGCUGCAUGGUGACAUCAGACAGUAUGACAUCACAGACAGGAGGAAGCCCCGAUUAGUCGGCCAGGUGUUUCUGGGAGGAAGUCUGGUCAGUGAUGGACCAGUGAGAAUCAUCGAUGACCCUGAGAACAUUCAGCAGCCCUCACAACGCAUCAUCAAGGGGAGGCGUGUCUCUGGAUCUCCUCAGAUGAUACAGUUGAGUUUAGAUGGACAGAGACUUUAUGUGACGACGUCUCUUUACAGCGCCUGGGACAAACAGUUCUACCCUGACAUGGUCAGAGAUGGCUCAGUGAUGAUGCAGAUGGACGUAAACACGCUCAGUGGAGGUCUGACCCUCAACCAGAACUUCCUGGUGGACUUUGGUAAAGAACCUGAUGGACCUGUUCUGGCCCACGAGAUCAGGUACCCGGGUGGAGACUGCACAUCUGACAUCUGGAUCUGAACAACAACAUGUGUCCAUGUUUCAUCACAGUUGUGUUCACAGCGCCUCCUGCUGCUCACACUGUAAACACAUGAUGAUUAAACAGUUUCCCUCUC